UACACGGAGAGCUAACUCUAAUUUACCAAAUUUGCUUGAUAACUAUUUUGUACGUACGGUCAAAAGAAGGGCUGAUAUUGGCGAAACCAUGUGUGAUUCAAGUGGAGGGAACCCUGAAGAUGAGAGAAUACUCCUGGUGAAAUCCAUCUCUUCUCUCACUGAAACAGAGGAAACACUCCUAGGCAGAGCAAGAGAUAUACUAAAGGAGUCUUUGUCUGUGUUGGUUGAGGAGAAGAUUGGGCUGCUAUUCAAGAUCGUAUCAACGUAUAAAGACGUUCUGCUAAGACAUGGAAUGAAAACAAAGGCAGAAUUUAACCGAUACAUUCAGAGGUAUUACAGGCACCCUGAGGUCCGAGAGGCAGCAGACUACUGGCAGGAUCUCGAGAGAGAAUGGGAUGAUUUUCUUGGUGAUGUAGACAAGAUGUUGGAUACGGAGCAGGAUGUGCAGUUAGGCCCAGGUGAACUGGGCCCAGUGGACUUGCCAGUAGAGGAUGCUCAGUCUGGAAAGUCCACAACUCUACAGAGUUACCUCCCUUCAUCCAGCCUCACUCUUGUCUUGUUGCGUCAUUUUGCCUGACUACCAUGACGAGAUCAUGUGGCACAACUUCUUGCUCACCAGGAGGAGUUUUCUGCAGCAGGAAGUAAGGUGCUUGUGAUCUCAUUUGGAGCUAAGGAAGGGGCGGAGAAAUGGCUGGCUGACACGGGCUGUACAUUUGACAUGCUGCUGGAUCCCGACAGAAAGUUGUAUAAAGCAUUCUCAUUGAAGAGGUCUGUUUUGAAGGUGUGGAGUGUAUCGUGCCUAGUUUACUAUGCUGAACAGAUGGUGGCAGGACGAGAGUUACCCGCCCCUUAUGAGGACAUUGAUGAUGACCCACAUCAGAUGGGAGGAGACUUCACGCUGGAGAGGGAUGGAAAGAUGAAGCUCAUCUACCUCAGCGCUACAGCCAAAGACAGACCAUCUGUUGAUGCCCUUCUUCGGUCUGUCAAGGACAUGAAUUCUACAGGAGACCAAUAGCUCACCUUUCCAGGAAAUGAAAGCUUGAAGCAUUUCUGUGCUGAUUAAUGAAGGUCAAGGUCUAAACCAGUAUGGCUGCCAUGACUGGACACGUCAGUGAAGUGGAAUGUUUCAAUAUUUCGUUACAUAUUUCUUUAUAUACAAGAUGUAAAAUGAACCUUUUAUUUUACUGCAAUAUCUACCUACCUAUAUCUUUACUAUAUAUUUAUGCUAAAGGAUUUUUCACUGCACAAUAUCAUGACUUCAUGAAC